GGCUGAGUGAAGGCAUUCCCUAAGUGAGCGCAUUAUUUUUGUUCCAUCAGCAAGAGCUUUCCAACUGCUCUCAGGCUGCUCUUCCUACACUCAAAGCUCUUCUUUUCUCUUGGGGUCUUUUUCAGAGUGUUCCCGACAUGCCUGCGAGGGUCAUAACACGUUAUUCGCAGGAGCAAAUGCAUCAUCAAAGCUCAAAACAUGUUGUUCAGCAUUCAAGGAAAUCAAGCUCUCAGACUGUGAAGAAGGAGCAGGUCCAGGCCACCGAGGCUAUGGCAGAACCAGCCUACACAGUGCCGACUUUCAGGGAAAGGGCUCCUGAGGGCAUACAGGAGUAUCAAAGAAUGGCAGCUCACUUUGGAAGAGGCUUGGUUCAGCUGCAGCAGGAGCUGCACAGGAUGAAAGAGGCCACACGUGAGCAAGUUGAAAAUAUCGAGAUUUCUAGACAGGUGAAGGGAAUUUCAGCUAGGAAGGAGAUUCCUGCUGAGGUUUCCAAACCAUCAGACUUCCUGGUCAGUCUGAGAUCUCAUACUGUAUGGGAAAAGACCCCAGUCAAACUAUUCUGCACUGUGUCCGGCCACCCCAACCCCAUCGUCAAAUGGUAUAAGAAUGAUGUUGCCAUUGACCCCUUGAGUGCUCCUGGAAAGUUCAAAAUUGAGAGCAAGUAUGGGGUUCACAGCCUGAUAAUUAGCAGGUGUGCAGUUAGUGAUUCAGGAGUGUACAGUGCCGUGGCAACCAAUCCACAGGGAAAGGCUACCUCUAAGGCCACUGUCUGUGUCAGGAGGCCACUAGGGGGAGGAGAGCGCUCUCAUCUGCCAGGACAAGUUCCUCUGCUCAGUGGCAUUCACUCUAGUAAGCUUGAAGUGACCCUGCUGGACAAUUUUGGAGUGACAUUUGGUACCGAGGGGGAGUCUGUUCGUCUGGUUUCCUCCAUGGUAGUGGUGCCUGAUCUGCCAAACCUGCCACCAGAAGCCAUGUGGUACAGAGAUGAUACUUUGCUGAAACCAUCCAGGUGGGUUGAGAUGUCUAUUGGUGGUGGACUUGCCAAGCUCACUCUUCCUCAGCUGAACAAGGAUGAUGAGGGUCUGUAUACCCUUCGCAUUUGGACCAAGGAUGGAACCGCAGAACACAGUGCUUACCUGUUUGUUAAAGAUGCCACUCCUACAGUGGCCGGGGCCCCUGGAGCCCCCAUGGAUGUUACAGUCUCUGAUGCAAGUGCUGAUUAUGUACUGGUCUCCUGGAAACCUCCCAACACCACCAACGAGGCUCCUACCACUGGAUACUUUGUGGAUAGACGUAAGUCUGGAACUAAGGACUGGGUCCAGUGCAAUGAUGCCCCUGUUAAAUUGUGCAAGCUGCCCGUUCAUGGCCUGACUGAGGGUGCCUCCUACCACUUCAGGGUGAAGGCUGUGAACAAAGAUGGCAUCAGUCUGCCCUCUAGGAUGUCCACAGGAGUGACCACUGCAGCCACGGAGAGUGAUGUGGAAGGUGUCCCAUCUGCUCCGGGACAGGUGGUUGCUUCCAGAAACACCAAAACCUCUGCUUUUGUGCAGUGGGAGCCCCCAAAACACCCCAACAACCUCUUCGGUUACUAUGUGGAUGCCAAUGUGGUCGGCUCCAAGGUCUGGUUCCCUUGUAACCACAGGCCUUACAAACACACCAGGUUUGUGGCCCAUGGUUUGGUUCAAGGUGAUACCUAUGUGUUCCGUGUACAAGCCGUGAAUAUUUAUGGAUUGAGUGAAGAGUCACAGGAAUCUGCUCCACUGUUCAUUGACGCUGCUCUCGCUGCUCCCUCUGCCCCAUAUGGCAUCACUCUGCUAAACUGCAAUGGCUCCUCCAUGACCCUGGCCUGGAAACGCCCCAAGCACACAGGCGGCAACAAGAUCACAUCUUACUACCUGGACAAGCGUGAGGCAGGAUCACUUAACUGGAGGGAAGUCAGCCCCAGCCCAGCCAUCCACAGGAUCUUCACGGUGGAGAAUCUGACUGGUGGAGUUUUUUACGAGUUCAAGGUACAGGCUGCAAACUUGGCUGGUGUUGGAGUGCCAUCUGAGCCCAGCAAAGCUUUUGCCUGCGAGGCCUGGACUAUGUCAGAGCCUGGCCCUGCGUAUGACCUCAGUUUCUGGGAGGUGCGUGAUAAUUCCCUUCUGCUGCAGUGGAGGGCCCCUGUGUACACUGGAGAGGGCCCCAUCACUGGCUACUUUGUGGACAUGGCUAAGAAGGGCUCAUCUGACUUCGUCACUGUGAAUGCUGAGCCAGUUGGGCAUUGUUACCUGAAGGUGACUGGACUAGAAGCUGGAGCUUCAUAUGUGUUUAAAGUGCGGGCUGUGAAUGCUAACGGUGCUGGAAGAUCCUCAGAUGUGUCAGAUCCCGUGUGUGCAAAGGCACUGCCAGGUACGAAGGAAAUUGUGUGCGGUGUGGAUGAAGAGACUGGAGACAUUUUCUUGAAUUUUGAAGCUUGUGAGACUUCUGAGACUUCCAACUUCAUUUGGUCAAAGUCCUACAAAGAUAUCACUGAAUCAAACAGAGUCUCCAUCACAUCCUCUGGAAGACACUCAAAGAUGACAUUUAAAAUAAACCCUGAGAAAGAAGAUCUGGGCACCUACUCUGUGUCAGUGACUGAUACAAACGGAGUUUCAGCCAGCUACACUGUCAAUGAGGAAGAACUAAAGAAAAUACUUGAGCUGAGCUACAACAUCAGACAUCCCAUUGUUCCGCUGAAGACAGAGCUGAACUAUGAAAUUCUGGAGAAAGGUCAUGUGCGUUUCUGGGUACAGGCUCUGAAGCUGUCCUCCUCUGUGAACUACAGGUUCAUCGUCAAUGAUAAAGCCAUCUCAAGUGCUGAGGGUUGCAAAAUCAGCCAUGAUGUUAACACUGGAAUUAUCCAGAUGACUAUUGAGCACUUCACCAAGGCCAAUGAAGGCACUUACACCCUUCAGAUCCAUGAUGGCAAGGCCAAGAGCCAGAGCUCACUGGUUCUGGUUGGAGAUGUGUUCAAAACUGCUCUGAAGGAGGCUGAGUUCCAGAGAAAAGAGCACAUCAGAAAACAAGGCCCUCACUUCUCAGAGUGCCUGUCUUUCCAUGUGACGGAUGACUGCACAGUCAUGCUUAUUUGCAAGCUGGCCAAUGUGAAGAAAGAGACAACGUUCACCUGGCUUAAAGAUGAUGAAGAAAUAACUGUUGACGUUCCACCCAACCCAAUGUCUGGAUCUUGUGCCCUUCCAAUACCCAUGUUCUCAAGGAAAGAUCAAGGAAUUUACAAAGCUACACUAGGCGAUGAUCGUGGAAAGGACACCUCUAUCUAUGACAUUUCUGGCAUAGUGUUUGAUGACAUCAUCAACGCCAUUGCGAGUAUUGCUGGUUCUUCUUCCUCCGAAUUGGUUCUUCAGUGCACACCAGAGGGCAUCAGACUGCAAUGCUACAUGAAGUACUACACAGAGGAGAUGAAAGCCAGCUGGUUUCAUAAGGAGAGUAAGAUUUCCUCCUCAGAGAGGAUGAGAAUUGGAGGAACAUCUGAGAUGGCCUGGAUGCAGAUCUGUGAACCCACAGAUAAGGAAAAGGGUCAUUACACCAUUGAGAUCCAUGAUGGAAAAACGGCACACUCUCGCACCUUUGACCUUUCUGGUCAAGCAUACAGUGAUGCCUAUGCAGAAUUCCAAAGACUCAAGGCUGCUGCCUUUGCCGAGAAGAACCGUGGUAGAGUGGUAGGUGGCCUGCCAGAUGUUGUCACCAUAAUGGAGAAGAAGACCCUCAGUCUAACUUGUACAGUGUGGGGUGACCCCAGCCCAGAGGUCACCUGGUUUAAGAAUGAGCAGGAGGUUUUGUCUGUCGACCGCUACAAGAUCACCUUUGAGGGUGGCAAGUUCGCUAGCCUCACUAUCAACACUGUGACCAUGGAAGAUUCUGGAAAAUACAGCAUUAAUGUACGGAACAAGUAUGGAGGAGAAUUCAUAGAGAUCACAGUCAGCGUCUACAAAUAUGGCGAGGAUAUCCCAGAGCCUAAACUGGGACAGAUGUCCAAGCCCACUGCUACACCCAAGCCAGCUGCAUCCGCUCCACAGUCUGUGAAGACCCCUACUCCUCAGACUCCUACACCCUCCAUUAAGUCCCCGACUCCUACUCCACCUCCCUCUGUGACGUCUCCUACUCCGACUCCAGCUCCCAAAUCCCCCACCCCACCCAGAUCCAUUCGAUCUCCCACCCCACCAAGAUCCAUGAGAUCUCCCACCCCUACUAAGAAGUAAACUUUUGCUUAUAGAACCUACAGAUAAGUGAAGUAUUGAUAGAGUUGAUGUAUAGUGUUUAAAAAAUAAAACAACAAAGGAUAAUAUCUGUUUUAGUUUGCUACUUUUUGCUGCAGUGGUUUAUAGAUCUGUAUCACUGGUACAAUUGAGAGAUUAAACUUACUUGUAAUGAAGUAUUUCAGAGAAGAGUUUUGUAAGGGAAGAUCGAUCAGCUUUAGACUCUAGUCUUUUCCUCCAUUGUACCAGUUCAUCUCGGAAAUAGAGAAAAAAAAAGUUUACGUUUUAUGUGUUGAUUUCUUAGCAAAAAGUAAUAAAGUUUAAAUGAAGAAUUGUUGUUGGGCCUGUCAGAACAAUCACAAAGGCCACCGUAGUCCUUCCUGUCUUUGUUCUGCUCCCUCCAACCUCUUUUUGUUGCCAAUAAAAAUCAGCAGUCUUCUCUCUG